AUGAGGGAGAUGGAGCCGAAGGACCAGCAGCUCAUGGUGGCUCUUCGGAUCCGCCCGCUCAACGACACAGAACUGGAGGAAGGGGCCGCCGUCAUCGCCCACAAGGUGGGGGACCAGAUGGUGGUGCUCAUGGACCCCAGUGAGGACCCUGAGGACCCGCUGCGCACACACCGGUCCCGGGAGAAGACCUUCAUCUUCGACGUUGUGUUCGACCAGCACGCGUCCCAGGAGGAUGUGUACCUGGCCACCACCCAGCAACUAGUGGAAGGCGUGGUUUCUGGAUACAAUGCAACGGUGUUCGCCUACGGCCCCUCAGGUGCUGGCAAGACCCACACGAUGCUAGGCAUGGACACGGAGCCCGGGAUCUAUCUGCAGAUGCUCAGUGACCUCUUCCAGGCCAUCGAGGAGACCCGGGACAACACAGACUGCAGCGUGUCCAUGUCUUAUCUUGAGAUUUAUAACGAAGUGAUCCGGGACCUCCUGAGCCCGUCCUCGGGGUUUCUGGACCUGCGGGAAGAUUCUAGGGGCAGUAUCCAGAUUGCAGGCAUCACAGAGGUCUCCACCUCCAACGCCCAGGAGAUCAUGCAGCUCCUCACCAAAGGUAACCGGCAGCGCACGCAGGAGCCCACGGCCACCAACAAGACGUCGUCCCGCUCGCACGCGGUGCUGCAGGUCACCGUGCGCCGGCGCGGUCGCGGCGCACACCUGGCGGAGGAAGUGCGCGUCGGCAGGCUCUUCAUGGUGGACCUGGCGGGCUCAGAGCGGGCGUCCCAGACCCAGAACCAAGGCAAGAGGAUGAAGGAGGGUGCCCACAUCAACCGCUCCCUGCUGGCACUGGGCAACUGCAUCAACGCACUCAGCGAAAAGGGUGGUAGCCGGGCGCAGUAUGUGAACUUCCGGGACAGCAAACUGACACGUCUGCUGAAGGAUGCCCUGGGAGGGAAUAGCCGGACCGUGAUGAUCGCCCACAUCAGCCCGGCCAGCACACACUUCGAGGAGUCGCGGACCACCCUGCUGUAUGCCUACCGAGCCAAGAACAUCAAGACAAGGGUCAAGCGUAACCUGCUGAGCGUGUCCUACCACAUCGCGCAGUACACAGAUGUCAUCUCUGACCUGCGCGGGCAGAUCCAGCGCCUCAAGGCCAAGGUGGAGAGACAGGAGAGGGAGCGAAGGGGCGGGCCUAGCGGCCGGGAUGCUCAAGAUCUGGAGUAGGAAAUGGCAACCCACUCCAGUGAGGACAGCCGCCUACAGAUGAACAGGAUCCGGGCGCAGCUCAUCGGGGCCUUCAAGGAGCAGCUGGAGAUGCGGCGCAGCCUGGUGGAGCUGGAGAACACCAACAUUGAGCUGCAUGUGGACACGUCCCGCCACCUGCUGACCAUCGCUGACUGGGAGCGGGAGAAGACCCACCAUGUGACGCGCAGGGUCGGGACGCCCGAGAAGGACGAGGAGGUGCUGGAGGCCGGCCCAGAAGGGGACGAGGGCCAGCCCGCAGAGCCGCACGAGGUGGCCCUGGCCAGGGAGGAGGUCAACAUGCUCCUGGCCGAGCAGCGGAAAACCGCCGCCCUCAAGGCGGGCCUGGAGCAGCGUCUGGCCAACGCCAAGAAGAAGGCCUCAGAGAUGGAGGAGCUGCUGCCCUCGCAGGCCGUCAGCGAGGACCAGCGGGAGGUGCUGCGGCUGCUCUGCCGGGCGCACGAGCUGGAGGUGGAGAACGCGGAGCUGCAGGCCCGCCGCCUGCGCGGGGGGAGCCUGCUGUGCCAGAAGGACCUCCUGAUCCAGCGCUGCCAGCAGCACCGGCUGCUAUGCGAGCGGAUCAUCCGGGAGCAGCGGCGGCUGAUCCGGGACAGCGGCCUGGUGGUGCCGGAAGCCCUGGAGCAGCGGUACCGUCUGUUCUCCCGGGAGCUGGGCGCGGGCACGCUGAACCGCCUGCUGCUGCUGCACGCCGUGAUGGCCAGCUCCCUGCGCGACGGCUCUGUUCUGAACAUCUCUCCCCCACCAGAGGAGCCCAGCCGAGACCAGCUGGACGACAGGGAGGACCUCCCGUGGGGCGCCCAGUUUGAGCUGCCCCCCAUGCUGCUGGAUCCAGACAGUGAUGGUUACAAGUCAUCGAAAGCCACGCCGUCGAAAAAGCUGGACAAGAAAGACUCCCUCCUCCCCCACUCCUCGCUCCACAUCCUGCUGAGCCCAGUGGCUCACGAGGUUGGUGUGUGCGGUGCUAACGGGCCCAAAGCUCUAAAGCCAAGCUCCCAGAGCAUGAAGACACUGGUCUCCAAGCUGUGCUCCCCGGCCGGCCGGGAGCCAGGCACCCCCACCCCGAGGACGGCGGCGGAGGCCGGGCUGAGCGCCCAGGCCCUCAAGGAGAUGGCCGUAGGCACCAAGAGCAUUGCCCUCAUCGCGGCCACCCGGCGCUCCAGGGCGCAGGACCGCGAGGGCGGCAGUGGCCGCUCCUCCCUCCACCCUGCAGAGGAGGUGGCUCCAGAUCCCAAGGAUCCCAAGCCCAGCGUCACCCCGGAGACAACCCUGGCCAACAGGAAGUGGCCACAAGCCAGCCCGGGCAGGGCCCUCUCUGCAGAGAGGAAGGCCAGGGGGAAGCCGUCACCCCUCCUCACCAGGAGCGUCCAGCUGAGCAGCCCAGGCCCGAGCAGGGCGCCCCUCCUGCCCCGGGACAUCCGAGACGUGGUCGGUCACCAUGCCAUGGCCUAUACUAUACACCCCCUCACCAGUGGAGCUGUGACGUCGGUACAUGACUACCUCCAACAUGACAGCUCCCUGACGCCCCCUCACCUGAACUGCUGUGACAGCGUGAACGUGUACCUCACGUGA